AUGCGAUUUUCGUGGGUGUUCGUGGCCACGGUGCUGCUCGUUCUAGUCUCCGGAGCAAGGUGUAAGAGGAAAUUUGACGGGGAUUUCGAAUUCGCCGAAGAGGAUGACACGCGUAUAAUGAAAGUGGGUGACAAGAAGAGAUGGAUACACGACCCUAACAGCGAACUUUGUCGUCAGCUGAAUUGCAAGAAAAAGGACUUGUGUUUGCUGAAGGACACGUUCACAGCUGUUUGCGUUUCCAAAAAAGAGCUUGAGAAAUCAGGGGAUAUAAUAAUCCCAAAAUCCCGGGUGAUUCAGCAGAACCGACGAAUGAGAACGGAAACUUCGGUCGACACGGAGGACGACGACGCCUUUUUCGACUCCGAGGACGAUGACGAGGAUCAGGACGAGUCCAAAUGUCAAGAAUGUCCUGUGGUGAAGCCGACGUUCCUUUGCGGAAGCGAUAAUCGCACGUACAGUUCCCCAUGCCGGCUCGAGUACCACAAUUGCAUCCACCACACGUCAGUUCGCAUUGCCUGUAAAGGCUUUUGCGCCUGCAAAGCGGCGGAUUUAAGAGCGCACAACAAAAAGAUGCAAAUGCAACGGCAAAAGUCCUUGACAGGGAAGAUGAGGAAUCGUGACAUCACGCUUACCCCUCGCGUCUUCAAUUACGACAAUCAUCAUUAUCAAUACCUGAAGUACAGCAAACGCGCCAAGGUACUGGCUGGAAACAAGUACGAUGACAAACAUCUGAUGAGCAAUGAAGUGAUGGAGAAAACACCGUCUCCAUUGAAAUCGACGUAUAAUUCCCAAUCGUCGCGGAACUCUGAUUGUCCACCAUCGUCGAAACCUGCUAUGGCGAAUCGGCUGUUGGAUUGGUUUUCUGUUGUCAUGGCAGACUCUAAACAUCGUCGUCCGCGUCCUAAACCAAAAGGUCACUUCCCAAUCGGUUGCCAGAGCGAGGUCAGGUGGAUGUUCGGACAUUUGGACAGCGACAACGAUGGCCGAUUGUCUCUUUCAGAGUUGUAUGGACUCGAACACGAUCAGAACGAGCCUUGUCUGAAACCGUUUUUGGAUGGUUGCGACACCGACGGAGACAUCUUUGUAAGUGGUCCAGAAUGGUGCGGAUGUUUCUCAAAGGCUGAACGUCCCUGCGCCGCAGUUCGCAAGCGAUCAUCCCCUGACGUGGCACCCGCUUGUGAUUCCCGAGGGUACUACCGUAGCACCCAGUGUCAUCGUGCUCUUGGACUGUGCUGGUGUGUGGAUCCUCAUGGUGUCGAGUUCGCUGGUACUAGAACACGUGGCAGCAAGCCAGACUGUGACACGAUCGUUAACAAGAUCAGCAACGGAGGAUUGAAGACGAACAGCGUGGACCUGGACGACGACGAAGACGGUGGCACAGACUCCGCCCAGGAUCUCGAAGGAUCAGCCGAUCAACCGUUAGACUUUUAGACUCCUUAGAAUCGAACCAGUAACAGCAACAGCAGCGGCAGUAACCGGAAGCAAAGCACCUUAACGUGAUAUCGAACAGCCGGACGACGAGGUUCUUCUUAUGAAGAAGAAUUUGGGAUAAUCUCGCUCGAUCGUCCGCUGGUUUUGAGUAUCGCCGUGGUCAUUGGAAGUGUCUUCAAAGAGUCAACAGCGACGGCUGCGUGAGCCUAAAAUCAGUUCGAAGAGCAACGAAAAGCAGGAGGAUAAACUAGCAGCUAAUACCCUGGCAUCGUAAUUGUACCUUGAGUCACAUAACCGGUCCAUCCUUAAUCCGAAUAUUAAUCGUUAAUUUUACCUUCAAGAAAAAAAUAAUAAUAGUACAUGCUUUCUGUCGAAUUAAUCCAAAUUGAGCUGUUUAAGAAACACAAGUGCCAAAAGGGUUAAGAAGCUGCUGAAUCAGAGAGAAUCUCCUGACCACCAGGAACCUUAAACAGUGCAAUAACCGAGGGGGUAAACAUCAGUGCAAUAGAGUACGAUAAGCGUAAACACCUUUACAUAAAAUGUCCACGACACGAACUAUACAUAUAUUUAUGCGUAAAAGAAACUAGGGGUUUGGGAAGAGAUACGCUCGCACGAGGAAAGGAGAAAAACGAUGCAACAGGGAACAGGAACAAAAGCUCAUCCUCCAUCGGGUAAAAUUCACAUGUCCACUCCAUGACGCAUAGAGAUUACGAUACCUUUAACAAGAAAAUACAAAGAAGAAAGACGUAAAAAAUGAUAUGAAAAUGAAUGCUCUAUGUAAUUAUGAUUUCUAAUCGCGUUAGAUUAACAGUAUCUCGAAUUGUAAUGUCUAAGCAUAAUGCAUAUAUAUAUAUAAAUUAUAUAUAUGAUACUGUCUAUGACUUUACGAUAAUACAGCGGACGAAGACAAGCUGGCUGAGAGAGAAAAUCCCGGCUGAUCGUCAGCAGACACGAAACGCAUCUAACACACUCUUUAGAGAGGUGCACACGCUUAAAGAUAUAGAGUUAUCGGAAGUAUUCGCAUAAUCCGAAUCACAAGGAUAGUUUUAAUUAAGCACCUACUAAAUGAUUAUUCGCAGGAAAUUGUACGUCGAACAACUGGAUAGAUAAGUCGCGUCACCCACGCUUAUUUAUUUCCUUCCACGGUAAAAUUACUAUCCUUAUACAUUUUUCUUUUUAUUUUUCAUUUCUCUCGUAGCCAUCUUGCGUUGCGAGAUUUAGUGUAAGAUAUACUGCAUAAAAGAAUGACCUAUUUCGUACUCGCUAACUACUAAAUCGUCGCAGUUCAAUCACGACGGUAAACGAUUAUGAUAGUUCAUUCAUCCGGAUCACGAGUACUCUUUGACUUCAUUGGGUUUGAUGGAACAGUAUAUGUAUUAUUUGUGUUGAAAAUCAUCCUUCUGUUACUAUUGAUGAUUUUAUGUUCAACGUAGAAACUGAUCAUGAGUUUGUACAUCAACCCGUCGUGAUUUGUCUGCAUUUACUGUAAUUAUAAGCAUUUUUACUUACGACUUUUACUUAACGAGUGUGUGGUACACCGUAGGUACUAGAAUAUAACAUGUAAUCCGUAGAAAAACUGAUCGGUGUGACUAUGUGAAUAUGCCCUAGUAUUAGAAGGCAAUUUACGUAGGAAUAGCCAACGCAAAUUAUACGUAUCUCUCAUCUAGAAAGGAAUAACAUUGACAUUAAGUUUUUACGCCUAACGUAUGUUUACUUUGAUGCAUCCAUCAAAACCCAGUACGUUUAACGCUCUGAUAUAUUGUUAAUUAGGAAGUACUUUGAAUUUUAGUACUUAUUCUUAUCGAGAAGCGAGAUUUAUUAUAUUCUUCUGCAAUACACUUAAUAUAGAAAGGAACGCCGAUAAAAUAUAUUUACACCGAUGGUAAGUACUGCGUUUUAUUGUUUCGCAUAAAUUGUAUUUUAGUCGCAUCGUUUGGAAGCAUUAAAAGUAUAUAAAAUAAGAAUUCGUAGAAAUUCACCGUGCCAUUGCAUUGGUUUACGGGAAACCUAAUUCGCGAUGAAUUAUUAACUCUUUGCUAUUUGGAGCGCAAUUUAUAUUCCCCCUGAAUUAUUAUUAUAUUGUCGACUUAUAGAUUAACGAGCAUAUUAACUUUCAAGCAAACCGUACAUAGUUUUACCGAAAGUCUUGCAUAUUGUAUAUACAUAAUUAUAUACAAUGAAGAAAAAAAAAUCGUCUAUGAUCUUCGUACAGUGAUGAUUUUUGUAAGGUAUGCACCUGGUCAAAGCGUAAAGAAUUUUUACUUCAUUCCAGAGCUACUAUUAAUAUUUCACCAAACUGGUAUUGUACAUGUGGCUGUAAGAAUUCUUUAUGAAUAAAGAUUGUUGUAGAAACCUG